AUGUCUGAAAAGAGAAAGCGUCUAUCAAACGUUAAAAUUAAUUUAAAUCGCACUCCUCCCAAAAAGAAAAAGGAAGAAGAAAGUUGUGUUUGUCUGAUACAAUGUAAAGAACGUGAUAAAUCGGCAACAAUUACAAAAUUCAGCGAGAAAUCACGUAAAUCAGUUUACAACGCAGCAAAAAUCAGGAAUGAUGCCAAUGUAGUUUCAAUAUUAGAUGAUUAUG